GUUUCUCUUUCUUCAGCGUUUUCUUUUAGCCAAUGAAGAAGAGAACAAGUGAACUAUAUCUCUGCAAUAUCAAUCUCCACUUCCACACUCUGCAACGCGCACACAUUGUUGAAACUUGAAACUCCAAUACUACUUCCUAUUCCUCUUCCUCAACGCACUUUUAAUUUCUCCACUCUGACACACACAAAGUUCAAAUAAUAAUAAUAAUUAAAAAAAAAAACAGAAAAAGAAAGGCUCAAUGACUGGCGCUAGAUGCUUCAGCUUCACGGCUUUCCAGGACCGCUGCUUCCGGCGAUCAUUCUCUGCGGCAGGGCUGAAAUCGGCGACCACCGACCUCGGCGACGGCGGCACAGUGAUGCACUGCUGGGUGCCGAAGAGCAUGGCAGCUUCGAAGCCUUUCCUGGUGUUGAUCCACGGCAUCGGCGCCAAUGCAAUGUGGCAGUGGAACGACUUCGUUUCGUCUCUGACGUCUCGAUUCAAUGUCUUCGUCCCUGACCUCGUCUUCUUUGGUGACUCCUACACCACCAAACCCGAGAGAUCCGAGUCCUUCCAAGCCAGGUGCGUGAUGGCAAUGCUGGAGGCUCAUGGUGUUCACAGCAGAGUGAACAUUGUUGGGUUGAGCUAUGGCGGAUUUGUGGCGUAUAGCAUGGCAGCGCAGUUUCCGGAGAGUGUAGACAGGCUGGUGUUAUGCUGUGCUGGUGUGUGCUUGGAGGAAAAGGACAUGGAUGAAGGGAUGUUCAAGGUGAGGACUGUGGAUGAAGCCGUGAACCUCUUGCUGCCGCAGACGCCGGAGAAGAUUAGGGAGCUGGUGAAGCUUACUUUUGUGAAGCCUAUCAAGGUUUUGCCUAGUUGCUUCCUCAAUGAUUUCAUUGAUGUGAUGUGUACUGAAUGCCGCCAAGAGAGGAAAGAACUAAUCCAAGCAUUGCAUAAGGAUAGAAAUAUGUCUAAUCUUCCUAAAAUCUCCAAGCCCACACAAAUUAUCUGGGGGGAGCAAGACCAGAUAUUCCCAUUGGAAUUAGCUCACAGACUCAAACGGCAUAUCGGAGAGAAAGCGAAUCUGGUGGUACUUAAGAAUGCAGGGCAUGCAAUCAAUGUGGAGAAGCCCAAGGAAAUGUACAAAAACAUAAAGUCCUUCCUCAUUGAUCCCCUGACUCCACCAUCUAAUCAAGAAAACCACAGCAAUGGUCAUAAAGUGGACUAGAAACUAGAAGGAGAGUUUGACCCCUGGCCUAAGAAAGAGACCUUUCAACGUUGUAGAUAUUUUUGUCUUACUAUUUCUGCGCCAAUCUAAUCUGUGCGGAUCAUUCACUAUGAAUAUGUAGGUUCAGGAUUAUAUAUAUGGACAAUCAGAUUCCAUGGAUAUAUAUGAAUGACUUAUGGCCAUAUGAUAUCAUGGGUCAAUUAUGUAUCUGCCCAUCAUGCUUCACCUACAACACAAUAUUUAUUGAAAUGUUUUCCCUUUCA